UACGUCGUCUGUAUUUUUACUUUCUCCAUGGACACGUACACGGAAUCGCAGACUCCAAGCUCGUCGGCGCUAACCAAAAAACCGUGCUGCAGCUCAACGAGGACCUCCCUCAAAUGGUCCAAGGUGUCUUCUCAGAACAGAUCGAUCUCCAAAUCCAGGCCACAACCAAGUUCAGGAAGCUUCUCUCGAAAGAACGUAACCCCCCUAUCGAGGAGGUCAUCAAGACUGGUGUCGUCUCUCGAUUUGUAGAGUUCCUGCGAUCCCCGCACACUCUAGUCCAGUUCGAGGCCGCUUGGGCCUUGACCAACAUUGCCUCUGGAUCUGCCACCCAGACCCAGGUCGUCAUUGAAGCCGGUGCUGUCCCCAUCUUUGUCGAGCUCCUCGCCAGCCCCGAGCCCGAUGUGCGAGAGCAGGCUGUUUGGGCCCUUGGCAACAUCGCUGGUGACAGCCCCUCCUGCCGAGAUUACGUCCUCAGUUGUGGCGCUCUCAAGCCUCUUCUGGCUCUUCUUGGUGACAGCCGUAAGCUGAGCAUGCUCCGGAAUGCGACGUGGACUUUGAGCAACUUUUGCAGAGGCAAGACCCCUCAACCCGACUGGAACACCAUUGCGCCCGCCCUUCCCGUGCUUGCCAAGCUGGUGUACUCCUUGGACGACGAGGUUCUCAUCGAUGCCUGCUGGGCUAUUUCGUACCUCAGCGAUGGCUCCAACGACAAGAUCCAGGCCGUUAUCGAGGCUGGAAUCCCCCGUCGUCUGGUAGAGCUUCUCAUGCACGCAUCCACUUCCGUCCAGACUCCUGCGCUGCGCUCCGUCGGUAACAUUGUCACGGGAGACGACGUGCAGACCCAGGUCAUCAUCAACUGCGGAGCCCUCCCAUGCCUCCUGUCGCUCUUGAGCUCAAACAAGGAUGGAAUUCGAAAGGAAGCCUGCUGGACCAUCUCGAACAUCACUGCGGGUAACAGCCAGCAGAUUCAGUCCGUCAUCGACGCAAACAUCAUCCCACCUCUCAUCCACUUGCUCUCGAACGGCGAUCUCAAGACCAGAAAAGAGGCUUGUUGGGCCAUUAGCAAUGCCACAAGCGGCGGCUUACAGAAGCCUGAGCAAAUUCGAUACCUGGUCUCUCAGAACUGCAUCCGCCCCCUGUGCGACCUUCUGAGCUGCCCCGAUAACAAGAUCAUCCAGGUCGCUCUCGACGGCCUCGAGAACAUCCUCAAGGUCGGUGAUUUGGACAAGCAGGCUGCUGGUGAUGGUCCCGACUCUAUCAACCGCUACGCCCUUUUCAUCGAGGAGUGCGGAGGCAUGGAGAAGAUCCACGACUGCCAGACCAACGCCAACGAGGAGAUCUACAUGAAGUCGUACAACAUCAUCGAGAAGUACUUCUCUGACGAGGACGAGAACGCCGAAGAGGGCAUGGCUCCUCAAACACAGGGCGCCAACGGCACGUUCGGUUUCGGCACCAACGGUGCUCAAGGCGGCUUCAACUUUGCCAACGGAGGCGACUCUAUGGAUAUGUAGAAUCUGUCUGCUUUUGCAACGCCUUGUUUUGGAAAUCCGUCCAGAGGAAUUAUGCACGGACGACAGGAUUCCGAUCUUUAACGUCGU